AUGGAGCGAGGGUUACGAUCGCAGCAGCAGGAAGCAGAGCGCGUUGCUCGUGAGCUUAUGGAUGUAAAGAUUGAAGCGGCACAUUUACGUGAGAGACUACGACAGCGUGUAGGUGGUGAUACGACGGCCGUGGAGCUAGAGGCGGAGGCGUUUGCAUUGCAGACGGCAUUGAGCGAGACACAAGAGACGCUCAAGACGCGAGAGACGGCACUGCAGACGCUAGAGAAUAAAUACGAGAAGGCGAUGCGAGGAAUGAUGAAGCUGGAUGAGGCCUGGAGUGAUAGUAAAAAGCAGACGAUGGUAGCAGAGGAAGCACGGAGGAUAGCAGAGCAACAGGUUAAUGACGAGAAACGACGAGGUGACGAGCUGUUGCGUCAAUUGGAGGUCGUGACAGGCCGAGAAAUGACGCUGAGAGAUCGAGUGGAUGUACUGAUACAGGAGAAGAAGGAGAUGGAACGGAUGAGAGAUGACGAGAGACUGGAGAGGAAAGAGAGAGAGAUGGAGCUUUAUGAGUUGAGAGCACAAUUAGAGACGAUGAGACAGCACUUUGAGAUACAGAUGAAGGAACAGGAAGGAGCGACACGACAAGAUGUACGACACUUUCAAGAACUAUUACAACAGACUCAGGAAGAAGCAGCAGCAGUGAGAGGAGAGAUUUCGGCGAGACAGAAAGAGGCAGCUAAAGUCGAGACGGAACUUCGUGAUACGAAAGCAAUGGAGGCUACGACAAAGCAGAGACUUGUUAAACUGACGGAAGAUCACGCGACGUUGCGUGUGCACUUGGAAUCGGCCAAGAUGGUGGCAGUGGAGAGUACACAGAGAGCGAUUCAGGCAGAGACGGAGAAUGAAAACAUGCGGAAGGAGCUCGAGGAACGAGACAAUGUGUUGAUGAUGAAAGAGCAGAGUUUGCGGGCACUUGAAGGAGAAUUGCUUCAGAUGCAGAAGACAAUGGAGGAGGCAUUGAGCAAGAAGAAGCAGGCAGUGGAGGAAACACAGCAGCGACUGGUGAUGGAGUCGCAAGAAAUGCUGCAAGCACAGGAAGAGACGUGGAGCUGCCGAGAAAAAAUGUUACAGCAAGAGGUUGAGAAUUACAAACAGGAGAUGAGUCGUGUGCAGACUUUCCACGUCGAGCUGGCGCAAUUACUGCAGACAAAGGACGGUGAUGUUACAACAGCAGAGCAAGAAACACAAAGCGUCAAGCCAGCUAUGCUCCAGGCGCUUGUGGUACAGGAAGUCAACAAGCGCGACAUCCUCCUAUCGGCACUAGAGAAAAUGAGGAUACAACUUGGGACAAUAAAACGGCAGCUUGGUUCGCAGAAGCAACUCGAGACCGAGAAUCUAAAACUCCGUGCUGAAUAUGAAAAGGCGAAGCUAGCUAUGGAGCGUAUGGCAACACGGAAGGCAAAAAGUUUUGCUUCUCUGACUUCAUUACCAGUCAGGCAAGCUGGAAAUGACAGUGGUGGCAGUAGCUCGUCAGAGAAGAGUGCUAGUAAGGAAGGUCGACCUGGUACGAUGGAGAUAACGCCGAUCGUGAAGCGAGAGCUCGAGGCAGGCGAAACAAACGCAAUUGAGUUAAGAACAACACCUCGAAAGGCGCAACGCAUCAAACACGUGUAUGUAGCUUCGCGGUAUCUAAGCAGCGCAUCAAAACGCUGA